AUGCUCUAUGAGUGCGCUGCUUGCAUUGAACAUUGUGGCCCUGUUGCGGAGGCCUGGAUUAGAUUGUGCUGUCGCCCUGAGAGCCAGCACUUUUGGUUAAGGGGGUUGGUGCCCCGUGCUUGGACCACUGCUGAGCCAAUCACUUCUGAAGAAGUUGUUCGUGCCGGAUACUUUCUUGACCCUGCUGCUUUUGAGGGGCAAGAAACUUUCUUUGCCACUGAUGGCAGCGGUGGCCCUUUUACCAAAGACCCCAGGCUCAGAAAGUGUGCGUGGUCGGUUGUUGCUGUUUCAUGUGUUGAUGAUGAAUUUGUCCUUAUUGGUAGUAUCACUGGGCGCAUUUGUGAUGAUGGAAACCUCAACACAGUUGCUCGCGCUGAGCUUCGCGCUUUUCUGGAGUUGCUUCGUUUCUUGCCAGAUACCUUUGAAGCGUUGGUUGUUGUCGAUGCUGCUUUCGUGAUCAAUGUGUAUCUUAAGUUAAAGCGCAAACCCCACAAAAUCAGCAAUCCGCAUGGUGACUUAAGGGCAGGUGUUGCUGCCCACUUGAGCAAGAGAGUACUUCUCACCAAGGUUAGAUCUCACCUUACGCUUGCUAAGCAUCUUUCUAAAGGGGAUGAAGCUUGGUCUUGGCACACUAAUAAAUUUGCGGAUGAGUUCGCUACAAUCACCGCUCAAUCUGUGGCGCCCUAUGCCAAAGCUACUGGCUGGGUUCUUGGUCGAGUCACCAGGCUGACAGCUUGGAUGUUGCCACGGAUUAGGUAUUGGUUCACUGCUGAAUCCACUGCCCCAAAGGUUUCCACGUGGAAAUGUACCAAAAAGGAAUUCUUUACCCAAGCUCUUGUCAAGCGCUUUGGGGGCCACAAUUGGGUUCCUUUUGAGAAAGGCUUACGUUGCACCAAGUGCCCUACUGUCUUAAAACGCAUCGGUUGUUAA